GAUUAUUUAAGGAUAGUUAACUUCCACCUGCAACAUCGGAAACCAUUCCAAAACCUAAUGCUUACCAUCUCUUUUUAAUGUUACUAAUAAGAGGAGGAAAGCGAUAAAACAUAGGGCAUAGGCUUUUCAAAUCCCUUGUACUGAGACAUUCACAUGUCCUUAGUGUAGAGUAGGCUAGUGGUGGAGUGUUGUGAAGGCGCAGUGCCGGUCCACACCGCGACUCGGCUGGGCGAACCCACGAUUGAUUUCCACACUAGUGCGUUUUACGAAAUUGUUGUGCAAACAUGCUGACCACUGCGGUGAUCCUGUUAGCGCUGCAGUUCGCUACAGCCGAAAUACCUCCAUAUAUAAAAGUUUGCCAACGGAGCGAUCCAAAUGUGGACAAAUGCAUCAUAAACUCUGUGGAGGAACUGCGACCUAAAAUGAUUAAGGGAAUACCAGAACUGGAUGUGCCAGGUAUCGAACCCUUGAGUCUAGGCCAGAUAGCGCUCGCCCGUGGGCCUCAAGGGGCCAAGCUAACUGCAGUCGUCAACGAUGUUAAAGUUAGGGGACCCAGCAACUUUAUCAUACAGGAGCUCAAAUCAGACUUAGAUAGAAACCGGUUUGAUUUCAAACUCCUACUACCUAGACUCGACUUCGCGGGGAAGUAUAAGAUGGAUAUACAAGUACUGCUCUUGAGAUUGCAGGGCAAGGGAAAUAUCACGGGAUCGUUCAAGGAUUACGCCUGUAACGUCACAAUGCGGGGCCACAAAGAGAAGCGCGGGGAUAAUGAAUACUUAACCUUUGAGCCUAUGAAAGUACAACUCCGUGUCGGGGAAUCCUCAAUCUACUUGACAAACCUCUUCGACGGCGAUCCAGUCCUUGGACCAGCCACCAACAGGGUCAUCAAUGAUAACUCUCAGGUAUUCCUGCAGGAGAUAAGUCCGGUGUUGGAGAAAAGCUUGGCUGAUCUCUUCACUGAGAUGGCGAAUAAGAUUACGUCCAAAUUCACGUAUCAGGAACUAUUCCCUUGACCCUUAGACGGGCGAUGAUUUUAUUGUGAUAUUACGAUAGAGUAAAUAUUUAGAUUCAGCGAUUGUGUUUGCGUCUGUGUAUUAAAGAGUUCCAUAAUGUUUGAUAAAAAUCAACUUUUGACAAAUGAUCAUUUUUAGAGAAAACCUUUCGAAACUAUUCAAUUGACAGUCACAUAAAUAUCUAUGCUUAAUACUAUAAAUGUUAAUGUAACUCUAUCUGUCUAUAUGUUACGUUUUCACGGCUGAAUUACUAAAAUGAUUUUGAUUAUUUUUGUAUUUGAUGAAAAUGGUCUGAAGUAAGCUUGAAGAUGUAAAACCCUCCUCUCCCGAAACACCGCCGCAGGUAAAAACUAGUAUGUAAUUAAUACAUAUAGAUUAAAUUAAAAAAAAAGAUGUUCUAUCAUAUUAUCUAUUAUUUAUGAAUACAAUUAUUAAAUCAAUAAUUUGUCUAAUUAUAUUUUAUGAAAUUAAAAUUUGUCUGGUAAUUACUUGUCAAAUGAAUUAUUUGAAAACGUGUAGUUUAUGUAUA